UUGGCACGGGAUGAACGAUUCGGCCUUAUGCAUGCUUCAACGGUUUCAUGUAUAAUCACAGGUAUCAAACCGAUGAUCAACAUAUUUCUUAUCGGACUAUUCGUCAUCCGUGUACGGGAGCAUAUGCGGUUGAUCAAGACAUUGGACACAAUCGAUUUCUGUUUUCGUAGUGCCUUUCACGUAUCACCACCGACUCGAUUUUAUGUGGCCGUAUUUUUUGUUAUUGUCGGGUUUUUCACUGUGAUACCAUUUACGUUCAAGGUCGUCGAAUUCAUCUACACUGAUCAAAAGUUCGGUUCAAGCGUUAUACAGGACACGGCAUUUAUUAUCGUGCCCACAUUAUCCCUAUGGAAUAUCAUCCCAUUGCUUUACUAUCAUUUAUACAAUCGCCUUGUCCGAUUCUAUUGCAGGACACUUGUAAAAUCGCUCGAUCUCGAACAUCGUAAAAGACGUUUUAGCCUCAAAUUUUACUACGAGCAAUUUUUACGGAUCACUAGUGCUCAGGAAGCCGUUGGUAACCUAUUCAACCCUUUUAUUUUGUUCUCGCUGGCUUGGUCAAUGCUCGUACUGUGCCUUACCAUAUAUUUCAUAACGCAACCACAUUCUAGCCUGUUGGAGCCGAUAUCGCCAGAACAGAUUACGGUACCGGAAAUUAGGAUUCGAUUGACCCGCAGCGUUCACUUUACAAUUUGUUGGGCCGGUCUGCAGGUGUUAGUGGCUCUGAUGCAUAUCGUCAUCAUAUGUCACACAGGAAUGAAUACAAACGAGACGACUCGUGGUGUUGUGACAGCUGUGCUACGGAUUGUACCAGACGCAAACGCUGACCUUGAUAGAUUUCAGAUCUCAUGUUUUGUGCACAAAAUGUCAACGCAAUUCAUGUGGGGAAUGACUGUCUGGCGAGCGUUCCCUCUUGAAAGAACCACCUUCUUCACGCUUGUUUCUGUGAUCGUAACCUACGCCUUUCUGUUGCUGAAGCUCAAGGAGAAUCCGGCUAUGACGCCUAUCACUCGACAAUUCAUCAUUCAUAAUAAUGGCUCAAUGGUAUUCACUACCACCUUAUCGCCUUGA